AUGCCACCACCAAAAGAAAGAAGACCAUCAAUACCUGUGAGAUAUGGUUAUAUCAACAGAGCUGCACCGUCGAGACAACAAGUAUCCCAGCCGAUGGCUCCAAGGCCCGUAGCUCUAGGAUCGAUGCCGAGAAGAAAGUUAUAUCUGACUACAACUGAGGAUAUGCCGAUGAAGGUUUCUAAUCGAUCGUUUGCUUGGAGGACGGUGCAGAGAAAGUUAGAUUUUGCUGCAGAAGAUGUUAAGCCGUCAAUGAUAAUCACAUCGGCAGUUCAAGGAACUUCUAAGCCGAUGUUGACUAGAUCCAAAAUCACAGCAUCGGCUCCCCAUGUUCUUAAGCCGACGGUUCAAUUUCCAACUAGGUCAAGAAGUGAGAUAAGGCCUUGGUUGGAAAGGAGGAAGAAAGAGAUAAGAACAAUGGCGAUUCAAAAUGAAGUCAAGAUCCGAAGAGAUCAUGCGAUGGAAUCCAAUCGGCCUAAGAUGGUAAGGCCGACUGUCAGAGCUCCAGUUGGUGUUUGGCAGAAAGUUGAGCAUCCUAAGUUUCCAACUCCACCAAUAGAGAGAAACAAGAAGACGUGGAGGAGGCGAGAGUUCAUGAGAAGGGCUAAAGCUAGAAAGGAGUUACAGGAUGCUGCGAUGGAGGAAGAAGUGACGGCCUUGAGAGCCAAGCUUUUACUUGAACAAGCAAGAUUGGACCAGAGGAUAGCUGUUGAACAGGCCAAGCUGGAUAAAAGGGAAGCUCUUAUAAGGGAGAAGGAAGCAAGUCUAAAUGAGAAGAUUGCUCUGUUGCAAAAGAAAGAAGCUGAUGGUCAAGACAAGACCAAUAAUGAAAGUCCACUUUACUCUUGUGGGAGUAAAAAUAAAGGUGAAGAGAGUGAGAAUGAUACCUUGCAAGCUAAUGAUUUCUUAGAAGAUGAACCACUCCCAGUUGGGAACGUUGAAGAAAUUAUUCAUCUACCUCAGAAGGAUGAUGAAGACUCGGGGGGCAAGGUUGAACAACCUAAAGACAAUGUCUUCAUAAAACCUGAUCAACGUGUGACAUAUCACAUCAAACCUCUAUAUAUCAAGGUUCAUCUUGAUGGUGUACCGAUGAAUAGAGUUUUAGUUGACAAUGGAGCUACCGUUAACCUUUUGCCUUAUGCAUCAUUGAAGAGGUUGGGAAGAGGUGAUGAUGAUUUAAUUGAAUCUAAUGUAACUGUUAGUGACUUUUCAGGUGCUAUCACUGAGACAAGAGGCAUUUUUGCUACAAACCUAACGGUGGGAAGUAGAACGACUAUAUCAGCUUUCUUUGUUGUUGAUUCAUCAUCAAGUUAUAAUGCCUUAUUGGGACGAGAUUGGAUCCACUCUAACUGGUGUGUACCAUCGUCUUUACACCAACUUCUGAGCUUUUGGAACGGAAAUGAGCUGGAAGUUGUGCAUGCUGAUAGACGACCAUUUAAGGUGGAGUCUAAUGUUGUGGAGGUUAGAUAUUAUGGCGAAACGAUUGGCACCACCAGAUUUCUUGGUCAAGACAAGUAUGGACGUCCAAUUCCAAUGCCGAUGGUGUCAACAUCCCAAGAUUUGAAAGAUGGUUUGAAAAGAGCCAUGGAAGACCUUGUCCGGCCUAGUGCAAUUAUAUCGUACAGGCCGCUUGAGGAAAAAGCCUCCCUAAUAGCAAAUGCGGCUCAUAAAGGAAAUGAAAUCACUAUGGAAGAGUUGGAUCAUGCUCCAAUGAAGUUAGACGAUCUGAAGGUCGAGGUACAAGAUUCGCUGCUAGAGAUUGAUCUUGGUACAGAUGGUCAACAUCGGCCUACUUACAUAAGCCAAUGUUUGUGCGAUGAAGAUAAAAUACGCAUGGUCGCUUUGUUGAAAGAGUACAAAGAUUGCUUUGCGUGGGACUAUCCAGAGAUGCUGGGAUUGAGCAGAGACUUGGUGGAACAUCGACUUCCUAUAAUUCCAGGAUACCGUCCGUAUCAACAACCACCUAGGAGGAUGGCCAACGAUAAAACUGGCAAGAUCGGGGUGUGCGUCGACUUUCGCAACUUGAAUUUAGCCACCGCCAAGGACGAAUAUCCUAUGCCAGUUGUUGAUUUACUUGUGGAUAGAACAACUCAACACAAAAUUUUAUCUUUCAUGGAUGGACACAGCGGCUACAACCAAAUUUAUAUCGCAGAGGAGGACGUUCAAAAGACCGCAUUCCGUUGCCCUGGAGUGAUUGGGACAUUCGAGUGGGUUGUGAUGUCGUUUGGACUUAAGAACGCUGGAGCAACUUACCAAAGAGCCAUGAAUGCCAUUUUCCAUGAUAUGAUCGGCAAGUUCAUGGAAGUGUAUAUCAAUGAUGUAGUGGUUAAGUCACAUAAUAGCUUAGACCACAUCGAUCAUCUGAAGCAAUCUUUUGACAGAAUGAGAAGACACGAUCUGAAGAUGAAUCCACUCAAGUGUGCUUUUGGUGUGACUGCAGGGAAUUUCUUAGGUUUCCUAGUUCACCAACGGGGGAUUGAAGUUGAUCAAAACAAAACAAGGGCGAUCAUGCAAGCUCAACCUCCCGCCAAUAAGAAGGAGUUACAACGUUUUCUUGGUCAAGUUAACUUCUUAAGAAGAUUUAUCUCAAAUACCGCUGGUAAAACUAAAGCAUUUUCACCACUAUUGAGAUUGAAUAAGGAAGAAGAUUUCAUCUGGACCAAAGAACAUCAAGACGCAUUUGAGGCGAUUAAAAAUUAUCUUGCAAAGCCUCCCGUCUUAGUUCCCCCUUGGAAAGAUAAACCAUUGUAUUUGUAUGUAUCGGCCACAACAUCUUCAAUUGGGUGUUUGUUGGCCCAGGAAGUAGAAAGAGGGAAGGAACAUGCAGUUUAUUAUCUUAGUCGAGCUCUUACUAAUGUUGAAACUAGAUAUAGCUCGAUAGAGAAACUUUGUUUAUCCUUAUACUUUGCUACAAUAAAAUUACGCAAUUAUAUGCUCUAUUUUAGCGUGUGUAUAAUUGCCAAGACUGAUAUUGUCAAAUAUAUGUUAACUCGGCCAAUUCUAAGAGGCCGACUUGGUAAAUGGUGUUUGGCUUUGUCUGAGUUUGGUUUCAGGUACAUUCCUCAACAAGUAGUAAAAGGUCAAGCGGUUGAUGAUUUCCUAGCUGAUCAUCCUUGCUUGGAUUUGGGGAAAGAUUUUGAAGAUGCCGCGGAAGUCUUGGAAAUUGCCUUGGUGCCGUGGGUGUUGGAAUUUGAUGGAUCAAGUACUUCAGAAUCAGCAGGAGUAGGUAUUAUCAUAUCUUCUCCACAAGGUACCUGGAUGAUGAUGGCGUUCCAUUUGGACUUUGAAUGCAUGAACAAUCAAGCUAAGUAUGAGGCGCUCAUUAUUGGCCUUGAAAUGCUUAGGGAGAUGAAGGCAUCAUCAGUUCAAAUAAAAGGAGAUUCUUUGUUGGUGGUGAAUCAUCUAACUGGAGAAUUUAAGUGCACAAGUCCAACCUUAUUGCCUUAUUUCGCUCUAGCUACUCAAUUGUUGGAGGAAUUUGACAAUGUUAGUGUUGAGCAUGUGCCAAGACAUAUGAAUGAAGGAGCGAAUGUUGCUGCUCAAUUAGCAUCAGGGAUUACCUUCCGAGAUGAAAUUAUGAGGAAAGUAGUUAACGUCGUAAAGAAGAAGAGAACAAGGUCGUUGGCAAUACAUUAUACGGUAUUGGCCGACGAGUUGUAUAGAAAAGGUGUCGAUGGUGUCUUCUUGAGAUGUCUUGACGGAGAGGAAGCUAAAGCCGUGGUUAAAGAUAAGCAUGGUCCCGUUCAAAGGGUUCCCUCUGAAGAUCUCCACUCUAUUGUGAAGCCAUGGCCAUUCCGUGGAUGGGCUAUAAAUCUCGUUGGAAAAAUUUAUCCUCCAGCAAAAGGUGGAGUUUGUUUCAUCAUCAUAGCUACUGAUUACUUCACCAAGUGUGUGCAAGCAAAGGCGAUGAAUAAUACCAAGCAUACGGAUAUCCAGAAGUUCAUUGAAGAACAUAUCAUUUACCGCUUUGUAAUACCAGAAACCCUCACCUCAGAUCAAGGAUUGAAUUUUGAUGGAGAAAUAACAAAAGCGUUGGGUAAAAAAUAUGGAAUCAAAUGUAUGAAAUCAACACCCCAUUAUGCACAAGCUAAUGGGCAAGCUGAAGCCUCCAAUAAAGUGAUCUUAAAGAUCAUGGAUAAGUUAGUACUCAAACAUCCAGGGAAAUGGGACGAGUACAUAUCAAGAGCAUUAUGGGCUUAUCGUAUGUCGCAACGUUCAAGUACAGGAGUUAGCCCUUUUAAUCUCACCUAUGGUCAUGACGCCAUGGUGCCGAUGGAGAUCUUGGCCAAAUCGGCCAGGGUUGCUUUUCAAAACGAUUUGACUUGGGAAGAGUACACCGAGUCAAUGAUGGUCGCUCUUGAGGAUAAAGAUUCAGAGCGCUUAUCGGCUUUAGAUCAUUUGAACGCACAAAAAAGAAAAGCCGAAAGAAGUUACAACAAAAAGGAAGCAAUACAAGUUCCCGAACCUGAAUUUGAUCAAGUAAUUGAAGAAGAAGUUGACGAAAGCAUGGCUGAUGUUGUUGUGCAAGGUGUGAGUUCAUCGUCCUUGGACGACGUUGUUGGUUCCUUUGAUUAUUGGAGGGUGGAAGAUUUGAUGAAGAGCGAACCAUAG